AGAAAGCCUGGCUUGAAAUUUUGGCAGUGUAACCGGGUCUGGACCGGACCGAGUCGGGCCAGGUUCUGCAUGGCACCUUCUCUGCAAAUCAGGCUAUGGAUCCAACAAUAUCAUCUUAAUCCAAAUCUCUCCUUCUGUUUUAUAUGGUGAUGGUUCGACUGAUGCCACUGUGAUUCAGCCUAGUGAGAUGUGAUGGAUUUCCGAGGCAAAAAGUACGAGCGUGGGAGUAACUGGUCAGAUCCCGAGGUGGUUGAGUUGCUGCAGCUUUGGGCCGAUGAGUCUGUUCAGAUGGAACUGGAGAGUUGUCUGAGAAACCAGCAUGUUUUCAACAGGAUAGCUGAAGUCUUGAGGGAGAAGGGGAUCCACAGAACAGGAGACCAGUGCAGGGAGAAGAUUAAGAAAAUGAAACUUGAAUAUAGAAGAAUUAAGGACAACAACAAGAUCUGUAGGGGUGGACGGACUUGGAAGUUCUUUGAGGUGAUGGAUAGAGUGUUGUCCAAUAGGCCAAAUAUUUGUUACAGUACUGUGGGUAACACUGUGAUAACACAGCAGAUACCACCAGGUGUUUUGGCAGUGGGAGAUGGUUAUAUUCAUCAUCACCACCACCAUCAUCUUACUUCUCCACAUGGUAUUUCUCAUUCUCAACAUCCUCAGGAGCUAAUGGAUAUUAAAUGUGAGGAAGUAGACUCAGAUGAACGUAGUGAGACACCUGAACCACCGCCACCUAUUGUACUUUCUCAAGCUGCAGAUGAUCAUGGAAUGGAUGGGAGCCUCUUGGAAGGGGGACAUCAUGAUGGGUCACCAGCUGCUAGGCCAGAUACUCAUACGGAUAAUACCAUUUCUCCAUCAGGUUACAUGGACCCAAAUGUAAGUGGUACUUCUUCUGGGAUUCCGACUUCUGGACCUACUUUUUCUGCCCUUCACAGACUUCGUCGGAAAAGGAAGCCACCGCGCAUGAAGGAUCCUUUGGAUGACAUUCUUCUCAAGUUUCUGACAGCACAAAGGGUGGUGGAGGAACGCUUCCUUCAAAUGGAAGAACGGAGAAUGCAACGGGACAUGGAACUGGAAGACAGACGGAUGCAGUUGGAACAACGUCGGAUGGAGCUGGAGAGGGAGCAUGAGUACAGAAUGUUCACCAUAUUUGCUCAGAUGGUGAAUGCACUGCGUCAUGGUGGCUCCAUGCAGACCUUAGGCUUGGAUCUCAGUCAGGCCUCCUCGCAGUCUUCCAGUCAAGCUUCAGGACCAGGUGGUCGCCCAUCCUCCGCUUCUGCCUCUAAAGAUGGAAGCAGUAGAGUAACAUCAUAUCCAAGCAAAUCUCUGCCAAAUGGACUGACAGAUGUGCUGUCCAAUGCAGAACAUAAUCCAACAUUCCAACAACCUGAAUCUAGCAGUUAUUUAUCAAAGAGAGGAAAUGAAAUUAAUUCCUUUGGAAUAAUUCAGGACGGUUAUACUGCCUACCAUGCAGAUAAGCAUGAUCAAGAUAAGAACCCUAAUGGCAUUAUUAAUCUGGCAACAAGUGAGAACAAGCUGUGCUUUGACCUGCUUUCUGAAAGGUUGAUGCGAACUGACAUUUAUCAGAUAGACCCUCCACUCUUGCAGUAUCCAGACUGGAAAGGGCAUGAGUUUCUUCGUGUGCAAGUGGGAAAGUUUUUGACAAAGUACUGUAAGGCACCAGUGCUCCUCAAGCCUGAGAACAUAGUAGUGGUUAAUGGUUGUGGUUCCCUGUUUUCUUCACUGUCUGCUGUGCUCUGUGACCCUGGAGAUACAAUUCUACUAUCUUCUCCAUACUAUGGUGUUAUCAAGGAUGAUAUAUUUUUCUACAGCGCAGUUAAACCAUUACUUGUGGAUUUGGAGAGCAAAGUGACCGAGGGAGAUACACGUCCAUUUCAAUUAACAGUAGGGAAGCUUGAAAAAGUAAUGCAGAUUGCAAAGCUACAGGGUACCAGGGUCACGGCAAUGAUUCUGACAAAUCCCCAUAAUCCCUUGGGUGAUAUUUAUUCCGCAAAAGAAAUGAAAGAGUUUCUUGAGUUUGCUAAAAGAUACAAAUUGCAUGUAAUUGUGGAUGAAGUGUAUAUGUUAUCGAUAUUUGGUGAUAUGGACUCAUUCCAAAGUGUUCUCAGCUUUGACAAGCUUCCUGAUCCACAGAGAACUCAUGUAAUGUGGGGAAUUAGCAAGGAUUUUGCAGCCAGUGGAAUUCGAGUUGGUACACUGUACACUGAAAAUACAGAUGUUAUCAGUGCCCUUGGCCAGUUGGCAUGCUUCCAUGGUGUUCCAGGUCCUAUCCAAUAUAUGGUAGCACAGUUAUUACGCGAUCAAGAUUGGAUCAGUCAGGUGUUUUUGCCAACAAAUCAAGCCAGAUUGAAAACUGCCCACAAAUGUGUAGCAAAUGAACUCAGAGCAAUGGGCAUUCCUUUCCUGAACAGGCAUGCAGGCUUGUAUAUCUGGGCUGAUUUCAGAAAGUACUUAAAGAAUCCGACAUUUGAAGAAGAGGAAAAACUAUUGAAGCGAUUUGUCAAGAAUAAAAUUCUUCUCAUCAAUGGGAGGUCAUUUGGCUGCUGUGAGCCUGGCUGGUUCCGCAUUGUAUUUGCUGAUGAAACCUACCGGCUACAGUUAGGAAUGCAGAGGCUUAGAAAGGUUUUGGAAGAGCAGGAUUCAAAAAUCCAGUCAAUUGAAAAAGGAUCCAAUUCUGACUCUGAGAAUAGAACCAAAGUUGUUGAGGAUAUAUUCGAAAUUGGUGUCCAGCAGUCUCCACCUGAUCCCGCCCUGGAUGGUCUAAUUGGACUAUUGCGCCAACAGAUCCGAUCAACCGACUGGUUACAGAGAAAUACACCUGAGCAUUUUGCGCAAGAGAAUCCAGAAGUUUAUGAUGUUUUCUGCAAACUUGCAGAGAAAUAAUCUGCCUCUGUAAUUUCAGAAGAAUGCAUUGAUUGGAAUAUAUCAGUGAUUGCUUUCAAAUUUGUAAAAUACUUGUGGAUUAUUUCCCAUGACUUUCCCACACUUGCUGAAAAAUUGGUAACAUAUCUUAACACUGAAGUGGUAUUGUAUGACACUGCUGAUAUUUUGCAAUUUUUUUCCACCUGUCUUUAAUUUUGCAUGUUCACUCAUCCACUUUCUCCAGUAUUUGAAGACUAAUUUAUGAUUGUCCUCAUGUUUUACCAUGUGAUGCUUUUGGAAGUUUCGCCAUCCAUCACACAUUGUAUUGUCAAUAUUCACAAGUCUGUUUAUUGAUUUUGAAUGAAGAUAGAAGAUAUAGGAAUGUAAAAUUUUGUAUCUUUGUCAUACCAUCAUUGUGAAUCUAAUACAAUACACUAUCUUGAACGAUAGCAGAAUGUGAUAGGAUACUGAGAAAUUCAGUACAUGCUGCUUCUUUAUAUGUCCACUUAUUUAAAGAUAGGACUUAUCUUCUCCAAGAGAAAUAAAUUGAUCUAAAAGUACUUUGCUAGUGUUAGUCUAACAGGUUCAUUUGGAGGCACUAGCCUUCGAAGCACUGCUUCUUCAUCAGGUGGUCACAACACUUCGAAAGCUAGUGCUUCCAAAUAAACCUGUUGGACUAUAGCCUGGUGUUGUGUGAUUUUUAAUUUUGUCCACCCCAAUCCAACACCUGCUCCUCAAAAUCUUUGCUCAUAUUGUCAUCCAUUCACAAAAUCUCCAGUCCAGAUCUUCUAAUUACACAAUAUUAAAUUUUAUGGAACUCUAGUUCAUAAAUUUGACUUUUAUUCACCAGAAUAGUAAUAAGGAAAAUUCUUUCUUCAGUAGUGCACUGGGUAGGAUGUUAUUAUUAAUUAUCCUGGCACUUAUGUU